AUGGAGCUGACUGGGGCGCGCAACGGAAACAAAGAGGAGAAAUCUCAAGUGACAUCCGGGACCCGGCGAGCCCUGGGGCGGGAGAUGCACUUGUCAUCCGCGAAUGAACAAACAGCCGAGCUACUCAAGACAACAAAGCACACCCUUGCCCAGCUUCACGAGGCGCAGCGCCUACGUGAAAUAAAGGCUCCGCUCCUAGAAACCAGCGAACGCAGCUGGAUCGACCAAACCCUCGAAGACGUUGCGGAUGCAGUCCGCGAAGCAGCCACCCUAAUCGAGCCCAUACGAGUCGAGAGCGAAACCCGCAACGGAAGGCUCUCCCUAGGGCGGCAACUGCGCUGGCUCUACCGAGGCAGCCAACGAGCUAAGAUCAAAAGCCAACGUUUAUUGGCGUGUCACCACAGCCUAGUGCUGGUUUUGGGUCAUCUCCAGCGGCUGGAUAAUCCCGCAUCCCCUAUACCUGAAUCACCCGUCGUGCAUGAGCUUGGAGCUGAUACCCUGUCAACAACCUCCACCCGCAGCAUAUCUGGGCCACAGGGGCCACGGUCUGGAUCUAGUGGACGGGCAAAAGAUACGCAGGAGGUCGUGGGGGCGAAAAUUCCCCUGAACUACGAGAUGCACGAUAUGUUGGCAUGGCGUCAGUCAAAGGGAGCAUUGACUGAAGUGAAACACUCUAUGGGUUCUACUACGGAGGAACAGGGUUGA